ACAUUAUACUCGGAAUCGUUUCCCUGAUCGCCCUCUGGACCUCUGGAGACCGAAGAAACCCUAACUCUUAUGCGGGCUCUCUCCCUCGCUGGCCUUGAUCUCUCUUUCCAUGGCGGAAAACCGGAGACCUUGAUAAUCCAAUAUUGAAAUUCCCAAAAUGUCCCUCCUAACCACCAAAAUAUCUCCCGGUCCCUUCCUCCGCCUCCUCCUUCCCUCCGCCGCCCGGCCGCUCUCCUCCGCCGCCCCCGCAAGCGGCGGCGCCUCUGCCGAGGCCCGGACCCAGAAGCUGGAGCGCAUCGCCGACGAGCUCCUCUCCCUCACCAAGGCCGAGCGCGACGACUACUCCAUCCUUUUCCGCCUCAGACUGGGGCUCCAACAGUGGAUCCCUGCCGGCGGUGUGCCCACCCCGGGGGCGGGGGCCAGGCUGGCGGCGGAGGCCAUGAACCCCGCAGAGGUGAAGGAGAAGACGGCGUUCGACAUCAAGUUGGAGAAGUUCGAUACCGCGGCCAAGAUCAAGGUCAUCAAGGAGGUCCGGACCUUCACGGAUCUUGGCCUCAAGGAGGCCAAGGAGUUGGUGGAAAAGACCCCUGUGGUGCUCAAGAAGGGGGUCACUAAGGAGGAGGCCGAGGCCAUCGCCGCCAAGCUCAAGGAGGUCGGCGCCACCGUCGUAUUGGAGUGAAAAUGAGAGUAGAAAUCUCGUUUUUUUAACUUUUUCCCCCGAGUUUACCUUUGUUCAGUAUCAGAAAUUGGUAGGCCGGUAUGAUUACUGGGUGUUUUGAAUACCUUUUUCUCCUGGAAUUCCAAAAUCUCUUCUUUAAUAUAAAACUUCGAGAAAAUGGGUAUGCACAAUGGAGUUAAUGCGCAUUAAGGCAUCGACACUGAUGUGUGCAAGAUUUUGUAUGAACAAUGUUGAAAAUGGAUUCAAUCCUCUAUGGAAUUACUGAUA